AUGAAAUUAUCAGCUACUACAUUGGCCAUUUUGGCAACUGCCACUGCCGCAUCAAUUGAACAACUUCAACAUCAACAACAUCCAAAUGGAGGUAAUACUCAAUUAGUUGCUAGAGACGAAGUUGAUCAAGCAUUGGGUUCGUCAUUGGCAAAAACUAAAUUUCAAAAAAAAGAUGGUGAGCCGGAUUUAGCAGCAUUGGUUGCUCACAUUAAUGGUUAUAAAGCCAAGAGGGAUGCUAUCGACAUGGAAAUUAUGAAGAGAGAUUAUGCUAUUGUGACUGAUGUCUUGACGGCUAUUAAUCAAACUCAAUUGGCUCCAAAGAUUCUUGAUUACUUUGUCUCGAGUCCUACUUUUGAGCCUAUUGUUGUUAAUGUGCUUAUUUCAGUGAUGAAGAGUGGUCUCAUUUCAUUACAAGCUGUUUUGGAUGCAUUGGUUUCUUCCAACUUGGCUGUCAAUGUGAUCAAUGACUUGAUUAGUGACUGUGAUUUGUACGUUGACUUAUUCAAUGCUGCUGAAGAAAUUAUUAGCGACUUGGCUUCUAAAGUUAAAGAGUUGAUCAGCGAGGGUGUCAGCACAUUGAUCAGCAGAGAUGAGAACGACAAUAGCUUGGCUGCUUUUGUUGUUACCGAGAAGAGAUUGGAUUUUGAUAUUGAUUCAGUUGUAGACAACUUGUUGGACUCAUUAUACCAAUCAGGAUUGGCCUCCUCUGUUGUUAAGGAUGUGUUGACCAACUCUGCUUACUUGUCAUUUGCCGAAGAUUUGUUGAAGGCAAUGUUGGCUAACAAUUUGAUUGAUAUUCCAUCCAUCAUCAGUGCAUUGAAAGAAUCUGGUUUGAUCACUCAAUUGUUCCAAGAAUUGUUGAACUUUGGCACUUUAUCCACUGUUGCUGAGACUGCCUUUGCUGCAUUUGCUGGUCAAUGUUCAGGUAGCUCUGCUGGUGGUACUUCCACACCAUCUACAAGUGGCUCAGGCAGCUCUGGCUCCAGUGGCUCCAGUGGCACCAGUGGCACCAGUGGUUCUAUCUCAUCUUCAUCUGCAGGAUCUGGUUCAGGAAGCACCAGCAAUAACGAUGCUGUUGGUCCAUGUAAGAAGAGAAGAAGAGUUAGAAGAAGAAGAUCCAACUACUAG